UGUAAUUUCACUAACUGCCGUUUUAAUUAAACAAUUUUGAACUAACACUGUAAUAUGUUAUAUACUUACAUCUCUAGAUAAAUAUUUGAAAUGUCUGUACAGUGCAGUAAAAUGGGACCUAAAUAAUAUGAGAAAUAUUUGUAUUGUUAAUAUUGAUUCGCUAUUUCAUUGGAUCACGAAUUCUAGAUCUGAGAUUUAAAUUUUAGCGGUACAUUCAACAUUAGUUAUGUCACUGAUACUCCAGAGGGCGUAGAACUCUAAUUGCACUGCUGCCUUAUAGCCAGCUUCCACUCUCUGCCUUACUCUUAGGACGCACAGGUCGGACCGCGAUCGAACAGAUUACAAUUCACCGUUAAGAGUGAUUCGAGCUCUGUAGCCGCAGCGUCAAAACAACUUAACGAUUAAAACGGUCAGCUGGAUUGGAUUCGCACGGUACCAGCUGACAGUGACAUACAGACGACCCGACGAACUCCGGCAAUGGUCAAGGGUAAAUGAAAGUCCACGGACACGACGAUUACCGAUCAUUUCCGAAGACAGUCCAAGUGACCAGACGGAGAUGACCAUCGACUAUCGAAAGGACAGGAGUCAAUGAAAAGUCUCGAGAGGACCUCGGGCGGUUUAAAUAGAGGUGCUCCAUGAGGCCUCCUCAACAGAUCUCAGGUAGAGCGCCUAGCUCUCUUACCGCGUAUGUGGUGACGCUUAUUUAGAGCCCGUUCACAAAUUUAGCUUCACUUGGAAUUUUCAAGAACAGCCCUUAAAUUCAAAUGAUAAAGUUCGAAAGAUUUAUAGAAUCCACGAUAGCGGGGGAUUUCGAAGAUCAAGAAUUGUUAAGAUUACUAGUCAUUCAUGGAGCAGGGUAAAUUGUGAACAGAACCGAUAAAUAAUGUACUCUUUGAGUUUAAUUUUUUUUUUUUAUCUUAUUCACUUUAUAAUUUGAUUUUGUGAAACUCCCAACAUUACAAACCAACUUUUUUACAAAACGUAGCCUCGUAGGCUGCCACGGCAGUCGUUUUGGUCUGUAGUUCAGCUGUUGUAAUUAAUUGAAUCAGGUGUUAUCAGCUACGGUUUCUUAACCCAAGUCUGAGCAGGAAGGCAGCUCUGGAUAUUCCCGAGUCUGCGAAACUUACAAAAAGGUAGAGACAUCCGCACUAACGUUGCGUGCUCGUAAACCAUUGCUUCGAGAACAGUCAGCACACGUUACAAUGCAAGCAGCAUUGAUUAUAGAAGAAAAUAUAUACGUGGGUUCAAGUGGUAGCACUGGAAAGAACAUGUGCCACUAGAUGCUGCGAAUUCGAAUACGCACGGUGAAAUCCAGCAUCGUGAUAAGAUAUAUUCGUGAACGUCAUUUGUCCAAAGUCGUUGCGAUGUGCAGAACAUACAUUGCUGUGAGCAGCAGGAUUUGAGCGACUCUCUCACCUAAUCUGCAGUACUUAUCGGUCUCUCAACACAGCAGCGAAUGCGCUCAGUCCGCUAGUGAGGUGCAGGCAGAGCGCAGAUUAGUCAAAAUUAGUAACAGCUGGUCUUGUGGCAAUUUUGAAAGCAAGACGUGGGUCUGUCGAAAUUAGUGACGGUUUUGAAAAUCACAGUCAUCAAUUUUGAGAGAAUGAUCUUCCGUUUGACUUCUCCGUUUCCCAACGAUACGUUGUGGCUGCAAUGGAUCGGAGGUUUCGCAGCCAUGAUAAUGAUGUUCGUAGUUGGCUUGACAAUCGGGUGGGCUUCGCCUUACUUGGCUCAAUUUUCGACUGAAGAUUCUCCAUUUCCUGCCUCAGUCGACGAGGUUUCUUGGAUCGCGUCGAUCUUCCAGCUCGGACGGUUGCCAGGAGCGGCCCUCGGUUUUAUUGGCAACCAAUACUUGGGCAGCAAAACUACAAUGAUCGGAAACGGCUGUGGACUAAUGCUGUCCUGGAUUCUAGUUAUCGCAGCAAAUUCUGUAGCCUGGCUUUAUGUGGCAAGGUUCAUUUGUGGGGUGGCCAUCGAGGUAGCUAGCAUCAGUUUUCCUUUAUACCUUGGAGAUAUUUCAAGCUCGAAUAUCCGCGGUGCAUUAAUAGCUAUGACGCUGAAUGGUUUAUCCUUGGGGAUUCUGACCGGUAACAUAAUGGGUGCUUACAUCUCGAUGAGAAUCUUCGCGUGUAUAAGCCUCGUGCCAACAAUCUCAUUCGUUCUAAUUUUCAUAUCGAUACCUCAGUCUCCGUACUAUCUGACAAGUAAGAGCAAAAUGCAGGAUGCGGAAAAGUCGAUAUUAAAAUACAACCCAAAAGCAAAUAUCUCCGUUGAAGUCGAAACCAUCAAGCAGUUUGUGGCCACAACAAGUGCCGUGACCUUCAUCGAUCGAUUACGCGAGUUUAACAUCCCUCGAAACCGGAAGGCUGGAUUGACAGUUAUCAUCUUGGACUUGUUCGCACAAUUCUGUGGACUAAACCCCAUAGCGACUUACAUGGAGACCAUCGUAACGAGAGGUAUGGUCACCGUCGUCACACCUUCCAUUGUGCCCAUUUUAGCAAACGGACUAGGAAUCGUAGCUGGAUUGUUUAUGAUGUAUUUGGCUGAUGCAGUCGGGAGAAGGAGGAUGUGGGUCUGUUCGAGCUGCGGAGUUUGCCUAGCUAUGACAGCGCUGGGCACACACUUUUACCUUUUGAACGAUGGACUAGAUCCCAAACAUUUGCAAUGGAUACCGAUAAUCUCUAUGAUUUUAUUCACGAUCUGUUUCAACAUGGGGCUCAAUUGCAUUCCAGCCAUUCUUCUCAGCGAGCUUUUCGGAGCAAACAUCCGAACCUUAGCCGCCUCCAUCUCCUGUGCAUUUGCGGCUGUCUUUGCAUUCACCUCGGUUAACAGUUACCAGUACCUGCUAGAACUUAUCGAUGAAAGUUACAUCUACUGGAUGUAUGCAAUCUUGAUGGUUGUAUCCGCAAUCUUUGGAGUCUUUUUAGUCCCAGAGAUGAAAGGAAAAACACUCAAGGAGAUUCAAGAUUUCAUGACAGAGAAGUAAAGCGUAAUGGAUUGCAAUGAUUCUGCCCUCAUUAGUCAUUUCUCUGUGUUCAUUCACUCAGCAACUGGCCGUUUUAAUCAAUUUCACCAAGUACUUCAAACUAUAGUUUACGUUAUGAAGCUAUGAGGUGAACGAAAAAAAAUUGAGAUCUCAUCGCUUGUGAAGCUUUUCGAUGAACGUGUUACAGUGAGAACUGUGAUCAUUAGACAUGAUAACAUAUAAAUAGAUGAUUUUUUUACUAUGUAGAUUGAAUAUAUUUCAGAUGGUGUUUUUACCAAAGGUCAUGUAAGAUGGAAUAUAAUAAAUGAAAAGUGCAAAUUCUUCUCACCGAAUCUAUAUCCAAGCAAUAUGGAUAAACUUCGAAGUAUAUCAUCAUGAAGAUACACAAGCGGCCAAGUCAUUUGAAUAUAGGUAUGUAAAUGUUGUGCAUACGAAUGUAAGUUUAACAAUUUAAAUUGUUCAAUUCGUUUUAUCACAUACCUAUUGUCAAUGUCACUUGACUUUUCCGUUUCCGUUUUUUUUUU